CAUUCCACGCUCUAUAGUAAGUGACCGAGACCCUGUCUUUAUCAGUAAUUUCUGGCAUGAGUUGUUUCGUAUGUCAGGCACGACGCUGCCCAUGUCAUCGUCGUAUCAUCCUCAAACCGACGGCCAAACGGAGGUGGUCAACCGGAGCCUUGAACAAUACUUGCGCUGCUUCACUCACCAACAGCCCCGCCGUUGGAUGACUGUUCUGCCAUGGGCCGAAUUCUGGAAUGAGGUGUUGCAGGAGCUGAAA